AUGGAGCUGCUCUGCCAACGAGGUGUUUACUCGGAGGAUAAGACUUCGUGGAACUUGAAGAGCGCGCAGCUUGCUGCUGGGGAUGUGGCGACAAUUGCUCUCUGGCUGAAGGACAAUGGGGUGCUGACCGAGCUCGACCUCCGCUUCAACGGCAUCGGCGACGAGGGCGCCGUCGCCCUCGGCGAGGCGCUGCGCGUCAACGAGGUAUUGACCUCCUUGGAUGUGGGCUUAAACCACCUCACCGAGGAGGCGGCCCUCGGCAUCGUCCGCGUCGAGCGGCAGCGCAACAAGCUCACCUUGCUGGGCUUGGCUAGCUGCCGCAUCGGCCCGACUGGCGCCGCAGAGAUCGCCGAGUACGUGUCGGGCAGCAAGGUAUUGACCAACCUCGAGCUCGGCUGGAACGGCUUCGGCGACGAGGGUGUUGAGGCGCUGGCCUCCGCUCUGCGCGUCAAUGGGGUGCUGACGUCCUUGGACGUGGGCGUCAACAAUAUCGGGCCAACCGGCGCGACCGCGAUCGCCGAGGCGCUGCGCGUCAACGGGGUGUUGAACACCAUCAACCUCGCCCGCAACGACAUCAGCGCCGAGGGCGCCGUCGCGAUCGCCGCCGCCCUUCGCGUCAACGCGGUGCUGACCUCCUUGAAUCUGGGCUUCAACGACCUCACCGAGGAGGCGGCCCUCGGCAUCGUGCGCGUCGAGCGGCAGCGCAACAAGCUCACCUCGCUGGGCUUGGAUGGCUGCAACAUCGGCCCGACUGGCGCCGCGGAGGUCGCCGAGUACGUGUCGGGCAGCGGGGUGCUGACCACCCUCAAUCUCCGCGGCAACGGCUUCGGCGACGAGGGUGCCAAGGCGCUAGCAUCCGCUCUGCGCGUCAACGGGGUGCUGAAAAACAUCGACCUCUGCAACAACAGUUUUGGCGACGAGGGGAAGGGAGUGAUUCGAGAUGCCGUGAGCGGGCGGGAAGGGUUCAAGCUCGAGAUGUGA